AUGGAGUUUAGCGAAUGGCUGACGACGAACUCAGCAGGGUUCUACACUGGAACGAGGAGGAACAAGACCUACCGAGUGAGCAAGGACACCCUCCAGCUGCAUUUUGAGAUGUGCUCCUGCUCCGAGUGCAACUCAAGGAACAUCCUGUGGGGCAACCCGAUAAGAGCGACGAAGAUGUGCGACAUCGCCACGGCCGGCGGGAGCCACAUGGAUAACGAGUGGCAUCGGUUCUGGAGGGGCAUCACCUCCCUGAUGACGAUUGCUCAGAGAAGAGGAACGGACAUGAAGUCGGUGGUGUCGGAGCUCAACGACCUGAACCUGACGAUCGAGAUGGACAACAGCUUCAUCCCGGACGACCGGGAGAAGAUCGCCGAGUUCUACAGUAACGAGGAGUCCGUGCACCGAGAGGCUCUGGUUGAGAUGUGUAUCAUCAACGGGACGAGAGUCCUGGACGCCAAGAAGUGGCUCGACGACAACUACCAAGGAGAGGACGACGCGACUCUGCAAGCGCUGGAGAACAUGAUGCAGGCCGCGCUGUAUGUGGCGCGGGAGCUGAAUGUGUCGAGGAAGCGGAAGGUCCGAGAUGACUCGGAGCUAGCAUAG